UUGCUGUUGGGAAGGUUAAAGGUCGCGAACUAGAAACUCAGGUUCUUAAAUUUCAGGAACAGGCGAAAUUGGUUUUUAUCUUUUACACCUACUCUGUACAUCGGUAAAGUCAUGGAUGCUCUACACAGACAUCGCUCUUUGUACAAGGGAACCACGCCGCCAUGGAAAGAGACCUACAGAAAACGAUGCGUGGAGAGAUUAAAAAACAGCAGAUCGCGAUUACUGGAGAAGUAUAGACAGAUGGACGAGAGCCUGAAGACAGGGAGUGGAUGUGUCCUAGUCCAGGAGGUCAUGGAGGAGGAGUGGAGCGCCCUGCAGGCGGCCAGUCAGUGGCUGCCCUCGCUGCGCGGUAAAGGCUGCAUCCGAGAUAUAUACAGCGUUUUGCAGGAGAGUGAUGAGCUGGCUGUGUUAGAGGAGAUCCAGCAGGAGCUUAUGUCACAAGAAUUGUCAAUUAUAGAGGAGUAUGAGAAGAGCUUGCAGUAUGAAGAGUGCUACUUGAGCUCUGUGGUGGAGGGGCUGGAUGACGAACAGCGAGUCAUAUGCCCUGUCUGCCAACUGAACCACCUCACCAUAAACAGUCAUUUCAUCUUCUGUGAAUGUGGAGUGCACAUCGACACAAGGCAUGGGAAUGUCACACCAGAGCACCUGCAGUCCCUGCUGGAGAGCAGAGUCUCGGAGCACAUGGAGCAGUGCCUUCAUAAACCCACCUUCUCUCUGACCAGCAGUGCAGAAGGCUGUGCCAGUCUACUAAUGAGCUGUACUGCCUGUGACUACAUUUCCAUUGUUCUCUGAAUUCCUGGAUAUUUCAUUAAGAGGGUUAUUUUAAUUAAGUGCAAUAAAAUUAUUUAUUUA